AAAAUCGAUGUGAAGAAUUGUUUAGAAGACAUUAUUUUGUUAAGUUGCACCCAAAAUCCUCAAAUAAAUUAUACAGUCGACUCUCUGGCUGUCGAUCUUCUCGAUAUCAAUAUUGCUCCUGCUGUCAAUAAAUUUUUCAGUCCCUUCAGUUUGCAUACUUUGAUUUUCUUCAUUCCUCAAUAUUCUCUUUUGUUCGACGACCCUUUUCCUCGACGGUCCCUAGGAACAUUAUUGAAUGAAAAUUAUAUUCUGGCUAUCGAUAUGGUUACGUGUCAUGGCCUCCAAUGAUGUGAUUAUAUAGAAGCGAAGUUUUACGAACAUAAGUUUGACGUUUGUGCUGUGUUCCGGUUCGAAGUUGUCUCCAUCUCUUAUCCCGAAAAUGUCGCCCCGGCCAGAUACUCGGAGGAAACUAACGGUUUUGACCGUUCACGAGCGGAUGAAGAUUAUUGAAAAGCACGCAGCUGGCUGGAAGAUCGGUGCAAUCUCGGAAACUUACGGCGUCCCUCAAAGCACCGUGUCCACUGUCGUCAAAAACAAGGAGAAGUGGAUUGCGAUGCAAGACAAGGGCAAUCUUCGAAAGCCACGAGCCGUCUCGAACGAACGCCUUGAAAAGGCCAUGAAGCUGUUUGUCCAACAAGCGCGGGAAAACAACCUGCCGCUUUCCGGGAUCAUGAUCCGUGAAAAAGCUAAGGAUUUCGCCUGUCAGCUCGGCUUUACUGAGUUCAAAGGAAGCGCCGGCUGGCUCUCAAAGUUCGCAAAACGGCAAAAUCUUGCGUUCAAGAAGCUCUGUGGCGAGAGUGCCAGCGUUGAUACGAACAUGUGCGACGACUUCAAGCAGAAAACGCUGCCGGAUCUGGUUCGCGGCUACGAUCCGAAGGACAUUUACAACGCUGACGAAACUGCCUCGUUCUAUAAGUGCCUCCCCGAUAAAACCUACACGAUGCAGAGUGAGGCGUGCCACGGCGGUAAAUACUCCAAGCAACGAAUCACCGUCCUGUGCGCCACCAACAUGGACGGCUCGGAUAAGUUACCGUUGUUGGUGAUCGGUAAGAGCAAGAAGCCGCGUUGUUUUAAAAACGUGAAAUCUCUCCCCGUAAUUUACGAGAGCAACUCGAAAGCCUGGAUGACUUCACUCAUAUUUGAGAAGUGGUUGAACGAUCUUGACAGGAAGUUUGGAGAAGAGAAUCGGAAGGUGCUGAUGUUUGUCGAUAAUUGCACCGCUCAUCCCAAACGCCUUCAAGACAAGCUGAUAAACAUCAACUUGCAGUUUUUCCCGCCCAACGCGACUUCAGUGCUGCAACCGUUGGACCUUGGAAUCAUAAAGAAUCUUAAGCAUUACUACCCAAGUAGCAAUUACUGUUGCCAAGCCUUAUUUGCAACUAAUUCAAAACAAUCCAAAAUUGCUGUGGCAACAUUUACGCAACACUUCUGGAGACAAAAAAAGCGCACUGCAACGAAGCGAUUGGCAACAAUCGCCAGAUAGUUGUAAACGUGUUACAGCAACGUUUCUGAUGCACUGUAGUCAAAUCAUGGUGUUGCAACAAUGUGACAAAUAUAUUGCAAAUAUGUAACCAUAUUGCUGAAAAUUUGGGUUGCUUGAAAUGAAACGUGCAACCGAAAUGGUUUCAAGCGCAACAAACUUGUAAUUAAAUUCUAAAUAAAAAUGUUUCCACUUUUGUAUCGCUGCAAAACAAAAAUGGAUAAGUCUUGAAAAAUGAUCGCACAUUAUUUUCCUUUCCCAACAAACAAAAUCAGUUUUGUUGAAUGUAUAGAAGGUUUAUUUCUAUUGCCAUUUCAAAUUUACCGAGUAAAAUUGCAUUCUACUCAUAAUUAUUUCAUGCGCCAUCAAACUUGUUAAAAUUUGCUAUCUAUUUUUGAAAAAUUUCAAAGGCAAUAUUAAAAAAAAAGUUAGCUGAUAUAUGUAAAAAGUGUCUGAGUUCUUAUUCAAGCUACUCAGAAUGUCGAUUAUCAUGCCAAAAUUAUAAAAAGUUGGAUUAAAUAGCUGUAAAUUGAUUAUUAAAGUCAUUCUUUACUUUCACCAUCAUGGCGCUUCGUAUGUGCAGGGUUGUAUUCAGGAACCUUCAUGAAAUGAGCUAUAAGUAAAUGAUUGUUAUUAAAUUCUAUUUCAUUAGGAACUAAGGAUAAAUUAAAAUAUGUACCGUCAUCUGGAGUAAAACGGGACAAAUAGGGUGAAUUGGGACAGAUGUUGUAGCCUUGUGAAUGCAUAAUAUUUGGAUAUUUUUGGUUAAUUUCGGAUAUAACGGUCACAAAACAACCAAAAUAGUGUAUCGUUUUUCAAACUUCAAGCUUUUAAGUGCUCUACAAACUGAUGUCCCUAUUCAGACUGUAGUCCCGAUUCGUCCCAGUUAACAAUAUCAUAAAUCACUAUGCGCAAAAUGAGGACUAAACCAAUUGCUCCCAAACAUUGGGGAGUUGUUUAGGACACCAAAAAGAACUGAAAAAUUGCUGUGCUCACUAAAUUUAGACAACUUUGUUAUUUCAAACAAUCAUAUUACACCCUAUUGCCCCACCUUCCUUGAAUAUCUGGGCAUGCUAGUGCUUUAGGGAGUAUUUGGUCAAAAUAAUCAGUUUUGCAACAGUGGUCCACAUUGCAAAUUUCAAUGAAAAUUGAUUUUCCUAAAAUGAUGCUGUUCUUGAGCUUUGGUGUCUUGAUAAGAGUUGUUGAAAAUAGGAAAAAAACAACUUUUGGCUUUGUUGAGAUAAGAGUGGUUUACGAUUAUCCUAUGUUUUAUAAAAUCUAACUUUUCAGGAUUAUUUUUGGUUUUUUUUUUUCUCUCCUAAAAAUUUGUUGGGCCUGACAAUUUAAGUAACUUUGUCGAAGACACCAUAAUUUUAUCUCAACUUAGAGUUGAAAGGUAUUGAAUGACAAAUCAAACCUGUUUCAAACGGUUCUGAUCAAAUAAGGCCUGCAUUCAAUGGGAAAGGGUUUUUUUUCCUCUAAAGCAGGGGUGACCAAAGUAUGGCCCGCGGGCCAAGCGCGGCCCGCAAGGUGAUUUUUUGUGGCCCGCGGACCCGUUUUGAAUUAUCAUGUAAAAUGGUCUGAGAUUUUAUACUUUUUCAAAAUAAUGGCUUAAUUAAACCAUUUUUAUGCUAAUCUUCUAGUAAAUAUCAUCAAAACUUUCAUCAAACAUUUUUGGAAAUUCUGGCUUUCAGGAUAAGGCAGACAAAAUGUUGACAUCGGAGGAAUAAGGCUUUUCCAAGUAUUUUACAAAGUUUUUUUUUCGACAUUCCUCCUCUCCCUCCAUUAUCAAAAUUGGGUCAAAAAAUCAUGGGCAUAAAUAUUGUUUCAAAAAACUUCAAAAACUGGAAAUUUAAGUGCAAUCAUCUGAAAUCAAUUCAAAAUGUAUAGAUGAUUAAAUGUUUUUUUGCUAAAAUGUUUUUUUUUGUCGAAUAUUACAUUUUUUGAAAAUAAUGAUUGCAAUUCAACUUUACGGGUGCUUAAAACAUUUUCUAACAUUUUUUUUUGUUGAAAUGUUGAAAUUCUGGCUCUCAACAAUUUUUUAUUAGUCACACCUAAUAUAAUGAUAAAAUUACGCUGUUACAUGAAUUUUGCAGAUUACAUGUCAUCAUUUUCGAAUUAUAAAAAUACUAUAAUUUUUUUUAAAUUGAAAACACAAGUACUUUCAGUGAAAAACAUUUUGUUUAAACCGUCUUAUUUUCUUAUUUUGUAAAUUUGGCCCGCAAGCUCAUUUGAUCUUCAAAUUUGGCCCAUCCUCCAAAAACUUUGAGCACCCCUGCUCUAAAAUCUGCUUCUUUCGUUGUCCCGACGCAAAGAAAAGGCUGCUUUAAACUCAAAAUUCAACCAUUUCCCUCAUUUCAAGGAGCACAAGGUUCGUUUUUCAAAUUGUGACAAUGUGUAGAAUAGCAAAAGUACGAUAAAAUUUAACAUGCUCAACUGUAGCGCUAAUUUUGGUGUGCUUUUUAAAAGUCUAGUUUCAGAUGUUGUCCCGUCACGCUACAUUUUUAUUUCGUGGGAAGUACUGGUACAACAUUGAUCAAUUUACAUGACAUUUUUAUGUAGCAAAAUCAAUUUUCGUUCAAAUAUAUAUUGCUUAUUGCGAGAUAAAAUCUCUUUUCUCCAUCGCUGUGACUGACAGCCGCCGAACUACCGCUGUGUAAAAAUCAGCAGGUUGAACUGAAAUUCAGCGUUGAUUUGGCUGUCAACCUGAUUUGUUUUGAAUAUUUUCCAAAAAGUCAGCAGAAAACUAAAGGCAACCUUUGACAACAGCCAAAAAUUUGUUCUGCGGCUGUCAUGCGGCCAUUCUUCUGCGGUCAUAUCAGCGCGCGUGAACUCUAAUUAUUAACGCCCGCGAUAAUAUAUAAAAAGACAUUGGUGUGUUCCUUCUAUGGUUUUACUGCCACAGCAAAACGCAGAAAAAUCAUUUUUCAAAUUUUUGGAGCCAAUUAAUUGGUCCAAUAACAAAGGUUUAUCGUUCAUCCCUCCCAAUUACGUCCCUGUUAUUUGCCGUUCCAACAAAUAUUCAAAAUAUUUGCUGUAUUCAGAUAAUGUAGCAAAAACGUUUCAGAUAUGUUGCAAACACUUCAAGCUUUCUUUUGUUUUGUGUUAUGUUGUGGUAACAUAAUGGCAACAAUAAUUUCACAUUUUUUUGGUAAUGUUAUUUUAACGUUGUAUUUAUGUGUCCACCGCAACAACCCAGCUCCUGCAAAUUUGCUUUGUGCUAGAGCUGUCAAACAAAACAAAUUGAAAAAGUCAACCACAAGGUGUAUACAACCAGACAUAGAAGUACAAAAAUUGUCGUGUUUUAGACUAGUUUCUUUGUAGGUUUAUGUUACUUUUAUUCAAAAUAUAGAAAGUUAUCAUAUAUACAUUGGUUGCUUCUGAUUUACAAAUGUAGCACGCGGUAAUCAACCGAUUUCAAACGUUGUUCCUCCAGUGCAGAUCUCACAACGACAAAGUGCAUCUGUCGGUUAGGUCGGUUUUGUUUCUUCUAGAAAUUGUCGUCGCACAGCAGCUGCUUCUGCUUCUCUUUCCGGACGUUGUGCUGUCCUAACUUGUCCUGCUCCUGUUUUGGAACCGGUUCUUAAUCUUCGGUUCCGGUAUGCUCCGGAAACCUCUGUUUUUCUGCUGCUUGGUGAUCUAUCCGAUGGGGAAUGAAUGGUCCAUUCCGUCCUCGUCAUUCCGAGCGUUUUUCAGUUUCUUCCUUGCAUUGCGACCGCUGGGUUUUGAAACGGGCCGUACUGAAAGAUUCCUUUCUGGAGGAAACGCAAUACACAAACGAAACUUUCCAGUUGGAAAAAUAUUUAAAAAAAAAAUCCGCGAACACUCAAUCAUUUUUCUUUUCAAGCUUCCGACUAAACUCUGCUUUCUUAAAUAUUGUUAUAUUUUUGUUGCGAAAACGUUGCAAUAGCUAUUAUUUCAAGAGCAUUUGUUUUCGAGUCUAAAACGAUGCUUCACUGAGGAAACGUAGCUGAAACAUAGUUGUGACAUAUUUGGCAUCUAAAUAUAAGAUUGUUGUAGCUUAGCUUUCUGAUCCCUUGUUGCAACUUAUUUUGAACUUAGUCAAUUUGAGCAUGUUGCGCAUUGCUAC